AUGCAGUACAAUUUUGCUCUGCCUUUUGAUCCUUUCGAUACAAUUGGUGUUUCUUAUAUGGUUAAUGCAAGAGUUGCCAAAGAUAUCCAAGUGCCUAAUGGUUACUAUGGCAAUGCAUUUGCAUUCCCAAUGGUACCAUCAGAGGUUGGUUUAGUAUGUGAUAGGCUAUUAGGGUAUGCACUAGAAUUGGUGAAGGAAAUAAAAACCCAAAUGACAUUAGAGUAUAUAAAGUCAGUGGUAGAUCUUAUGGUGAUUAAAGGACAACCUUGUUAUAAUACAGAUGUUGGGAGCUUCAUUGUCUCCGAUAUGACUCGUAUACCAUCUAUAAGCCACUUUUCAAGGUCUAAGAACAGAGGAGGUGAGGAAGGCAUUGUGAAGUCCAGCCGCACCUCCACUGACAGUGUGAAACCAGCCACACUGCCACCGCUCAGCCACCAUAUUUGA